AUGACGGGGGAGGCUCCAUUCAUCGUGUCGCUGCAGCUACUCCUGGGCGAACGCCUCUACCACAACUGCGGCGGCAGCAUCAUCACAACCACAGCCGUGCUCACGGCCGCCCACUGCACCUCCGACCUGCAGGUUGUGGCAGUGGCUGGAGCAUACAACAUCAGCAGUAAUUCAAGCACAGAGCAAUACGUCCCGGUAAUAGAACAGAUCCCAUACCCUGAGUACAAUGACACUAGUAGCCUCGUCGGGCCUUACGAUAUCGCCGUCUUCAGACUGCAGUACGCCCUGACGCUGGACUCUUACGUGCAGGUUAUUGGCUUACCAAGCGCUGAAUCCAUCCCUGAAGGCGGGUCCGACGCAACCCUCUGGGGUUGGGGAUACACGGAGACUGGUCGACCCACUGAGAUAUUACAGACUGUCACCGUCACUAUCUAUGACUAUGGAACUUGCCUGGAAUACCUUCAAUACAUGAAUGUGACAUCGUUUGUGCUCACAGAAGCCAUUUUGUGUACAGGACCUUUCGAUGAAGGCAUUUCCAUGUGUGCGGGCGACGAUGGAGGCCCGCUGGAGCAGAACGGAGUGCUGGUCGGAAUCGUGUCCUUCUCACCGACGUCGUGCUCCACUCAAGGGGGAGCCGCAGUCUACACGAGGGUCUCCGCAUACAUGGACUUCAUCACCGAAAACAUUUAA